CCAUGUCCAAUGGGCUUGAACUUUUGGCUCAGCCUCAACCGACUGGUCGGGCACAGCCUCAGCCUCAUUGCACAACGACUCAAGCAACAACCUCAACUCAUCAUUUUCAGUUUGUUCUACAUCUCUAACAUCUCUCCUCUUACCGCGAAAUGCGCCUGCUAAAUACAACAAUACUCAAGCUGGAAGAAUUCGUGGCCACGGAGGGCAUCAAGUACGCAAUUCUCUCGCAUCGUUGGGAAGAUGAAGAAGUCUCGCUUCAGCAGUUCGUUGCUGGCGACGCUCAUGGCAAGCUCGGCUACAUCAAAAUCCAGCGCUUCUGCGAACUAGCCGCAAAAAACGGACAUCAAUACGCGUGGGCCGAUACCUGCUGCAUCGACAAGACGAGUAGUGCUGAGUUGCAGGAGGCCAUCAACUCCAUGUAUCGGUGGUACGAGGAGGCCGCUGUUUGCUACGUAUACUUGUCCGACGUGGACUCGCUUGAGGACUUGGAUAAGAGUGCAUGGUUCACGAGAGGAUGGACUCUGCAGGAAUUGAUAGUAUGUUGUGCCUGGAUCUCAAGGAGUCUUCUGCUGACAACUAGGUUCUUCAAGGCUCCGGAGAGCGCAACGUUCUACAAUUGUCGGUGGGAAUCCAUAGGAACCAAAACGUCCCUGGCGGAGGCGCUUUCGGGGAUUAGUGGUGUCCCAGUCGAGCUUCUUAAAGGAGCCACCGCCAAGAUUGGACGGUCAGCUAUUCGUAACCGCCAUGUACUCGAAAGAUGGAGUGUGGCACAAAGGAUGUCUUGGGCUUCCAAGAGGGUGACUACCCGGACAGAGGAUACAGCAUACUGCUUGAUGGCAUUGUUCGACGUCAAUAUGCCAAUGCUUUACGGAGAAGGACACAAAGCUUGCAGAAGGCUGCAAGAAGAGAUCAUUCGGACUUCUGACGAUCAUUCUAUCUUCGCAUGGAGCUGCGAAGGCGACGGCCCGCGCGAUCUCCUUGCAUCCAGCCCAACCUGUUUUGAGGAUUGUGCUAACACGGUAUCUGACAAGGUUUUGCAAAAGCCAGGAAUUACACCGGAACAGUUCUCUCUGACCAAUGUCGGCCUUUCCAUUUCUCUGCCAAUGAAGCGGUGGAAUAUGACCACAUACCUUGCGGUGCUCGACUGCCGGGCAGAGGCUCCGUAUGCCCUAUCGCACUGCACGGGUAUCUUUCUCGCGAGGACCCCACGGACCGGCCAAGUUUUCCGAACCUCUUCAAUGGCAAAGGACAUCUACCAUCUCGAUGACUCGUAUUGGCUGAACCCUGUCUGGGCUGAGUGUGAAAAGCACAAGAUUUUGAUCGUCUCACGACCUGGCGGCCAGCACAUGAUGGAUUCUUACCACCAUAGAAUUAAUCACGGCUUUGAUUUCAGCCUGACUUCAAAUCCCUUAUUCGGGGCCACCGCCAACGGCAAGGUAGAUUUUAGGCUUUCUGGCUAUACUUCACUGAAUACGAACCUUUUCGAACCUUGGCAUCUGUGGAGAGCGACAUUUGCAGAUGGGCAACAAUGGAUGAUGAUGGAUUUUAUGAUACCAGAGAACACGGGCCCAUUGGUCGAAUCUUUUUUGGUUUUGCUUUCGACUUCAGCCCCGUCUGUUUACUCAAGUACUAGUACUGAAGAAGCCUUCGAAAUGUCAGCUUCGAGUAAGCAGAUUUACACAAACAGGGGAAUCAGGGAGAAAAUCGAGCUUCACGGGCGGCAAGCUCCUGAGAGCGUUUCUGAGCAAAGUGUCUUUGAGCCAAGCGUGCUCAUGGUUGAAGAGCCUAUUGAGUCAUACUGUGCCCUGCGCGCCAGUGCGGUCUAUGGUCUGGAUGCAAGAAUAAAACACCUCAACACUCGAGUCAAGAUAUUUCUUCCGGGGGGAGACAAAUCAAUCGCCUGGACUGUUAUUAUAUCGCCCUGGUACGAGUCGGUGUUGUCUGAAAAGGAGCUGGUACAGUAUGGACGCGGUUAG